UGCUGUAGCCAAUGACUAGCGUACCGAACGACCAUUAGCUUGCGGCUUGACUGUAGAUACCGAUAUUUCGAAGGUGUCCUCGUUUUGUAGCGUGUGUUGUCUCACAAAUUUGAGCAAAGGAGUACGGCUGUUUCUGUAGGUUCCAAUCUGUUCGUGUACUACUGGCACUACCGCACUGUGACGACACAUGGACGCAGCUUACCACACAUGGAUUGACAUUGAGGAGGACAACAAGUUUCAGCAUUUGACGAUAUAAUUCUACAACAUGGAUGAAAACCUAACCAGAGGAUAUUGUCAGCUCAGGUCUCCAAAGCUGAAAAAGAGACCAGUGGCAUCACGUGAUGGCUUGACCCCGCCUCAGGACCCAUGCAGUUGCAUCUACCUCGGUUUGGUUCUUGCUGGAGCAGGCUUCCUCCUUCCCUACAACAGUUUCAUCACAGCAGUGGACUAUUACCAGAGUCGGUUUCCCAGAACUACUAUCAUCUUUGAUAUGAGCCUAACCUACAUCAUCGUUGCUUUUAUAAGUGUAUGCAUCAAUAAUGCUCUCGUGGAGACUCUGAGUUUGCCUGUGAGGAUCACGUUUGGAUAUUUACUGUCAUUUGUCAUGCUCCUUAUUAUCGCACUGUGUGAUGUCUGGUUCCAAGUAUUUACACAAGACAUGGCCUACACAGUAACCCUCGGCGCUGUUGCCAUUGUCGCAAUAGGCUCCACAGUUCAACAGUCAAGUUUUUAUGGAUUUACUAGUAUGCUGCCGCGACGCUAUACACAAGCUGUGAUGACUGGGGAAAGUGCAGCUGGGCUCCUUAUCUCCAUAAACCGGAUCCUGACGAAGGCGCUACUGAAGGACGAAAAGGUGAACACCAUGAUCUUCUUCUGCGUGUCCAUAUCAUUGGUAUGGAUGUGCUUCAUCGUGUUCCACGUCACACGACGUACAGAGUUUGUUCGCUUCUAUGUCAGCUUAUGCGAGAGCGCUGGACUGGCGGAGGACCAAAGAGGAAUCACUAAAGGCAACACAUAUACAGAGGAAGUAGGCCUGGUGGACUUCCAGGAACCAAGCACAGGUCAGCACUACGGCGUUUUAGUCAUUCAGAGUCCAACCUCCCCGACCGACCCGUCCAGGCAGUUUGAGGCCAAGUCUGUACAAUCAGGCACUGGACAAACUACCGUCAACGAUAUCACACGAGCCAAUGAAGCAGAAGUCACAUUCCAAGGCCAACACUAUAAGAUGCACAUACCUAAAGUAUCAGCAUUUAAAAGGGGAUUGGAGAUGCGGUACGAGGUGUCACGGACGGUCUGGCCGUAUAUGGUUUCAAUCGGCUUAGCCUACUUUGUGACGCUGUGCUUAUUUCCGGGGAUUGAGUCGGAAGUAAUUAGUUGUCACAUUGGAACGUGGAUGCCAAUUCUCCUCAUGGCGGUGUUCAAUUUGUUUGACUUUAUUGGAAAGGUGAUUGCGUCUGUCAACUACGACUGGCCUCCCUGUCGGCUGGCGGUACUGACCCUGUGCCGGGUAGGGCUGGUUCCGCUGCUCAUGCUGUGUGCCACGCCACGUCUCUCUCCGACACUCAAAGGAGAUGGCUGGCCCAUCAUUCUCUCGAUCAUUCUCGGCAUCACCAACGGCUAUUUUGGCAGUGUACCGAUGAUCCUAGCACCAUCGAAAGUGUCAGAGGAGCAGAGAGAAUUAUGUGGCAACAUAAUGACUCUGUCCUACAGUAUUGGAUUGACAACGGGCUCUGGAGCGGCGUACCUCUUGGACGUGUGGCUGGGACCUCAUCUAACCACAGAUCCGUGCGGAAUCAGCAAUGCGACGCACUUUCAUCCCUCUAACGUCACUUUUACCUGACACAUUCUCCCAAUAUAUGUACCCUACACCUGUACCUUUAUCCAUUCACAGUAUAUACAUUCCAAUACACACCCACCCACCCACCAUCAUACACACCUACCAACAUACACACCAACCAACAUACACACCCACCAACAUACACACCCACAAACAUACACACCCACAAACACACACACCAACCAACAUACACACCCACAUGCAUAGACGCCUGCCAACAUACACACCCACCAUCAUACACACCCACCAACAUACAUACCCACCAUCAUACACACCCACCAACAUACACACCAACCAACAUACACACCCACCAUCAUACACACCC